GCAGAUAAAACACAUAAUAUUGAAGGCUGGCAUAUUUGAUAGACCUAUAAACUGGCAAACACAUAUAAAAUAUGGACAGACUGUAAAUCGAGGCGUAGCCCUGGCCUCCUUAUUUGCCUUCGGGUAAGUUUAAUGAAUCCAUCACAUGAAAAUUACCAUACUUGCCGCAACAAAAAUUGUGGACUGCUCUGGUAGAUAUUGGACAAGGCCGAAACUUGAAAGGACGCGUUUUUUUUUUUUUUUUUUUUUUUUUUUUUUUUGUAGUUGUUUUUGUUUUUUUCUCACCAUGGUUUUGACCCAUCCAUGGUGUUGACAUCACGUUUUUGUUCAUGAAUAUACUCAUACUGCUCAAUGUAUUGUCGUCGUGAAUUAAUUUCUCAAUCGACACGGUAAAUCAUCAGGUUUUUAUGAGCGUGACCCCGAGUCGUUGCCAUUGACAACUCAGACCUGACAGACCUGAAGAUGUCACGUGACGAGGAAAUGCGAACGCGCGAUGUUCAGUUCGAUUUCUGCGUGAAGUUUGGCAAAAUGCGAGAGAAUCCCUCAUACAUUUUGCUUAAAUAUUGAUCGCUUGUAUAUGUGUUGGGAUACGACUGAUCAGGAAACCAAUAAUGCUCCACAACUCCGAAAACACACGAGUGCUGAAACACCACCGAACAGGAGCUACCAAGUCUGCGUCAAAACAACAACAAACCGUUCAAACCAGAAAAAUCCUUUACAAAGUUGGUUACACCUGGAACAAGGGAGGAAGACUAAAAGAACUAAGAAUAAGGCAUCUAGCUAGGAAAUUUCUGAAGAUAUGGAUACAGAAUACAUUUGGACGAGUUCUUCCUCACAAAGCAAAAUCCCACUAUAAGGGAGUGAUUUUGAGGCGCGUCUUUGAAACAUGGAAAGAUGAGUGGUGGACAUCAAGGAGGGAGUGGAGUUUAAUGCUGCGUGCAGAGUGUCACCACAGGUAUUUCCUAUAUAACCAGAUGUUCCACAGAUGGAAAGAUUUCGUGAUUUUGCAAACAAAAAAGAAGAUUAAAAUCCAAAAUGCUCGAUCAUUUGCUGACAGACAGCGUUUGCUCCAUGCAUGGGGAAACUGGGAGGAUUAUACAGAAAUGAGGAGAAUAAAAAAGAGAAAUAUUGCUACGGCUCUUCAGCACUACAAACAUACAACAACUGAAUCUAUGUGGAGUAAAUGGACGACUAAGCUACAGCAUAUUCACUACCUGUAUGCAGUGGAAGAAGAAUCCCUCAAGCAGAAAAGACUGGCAACACAGCGGAAGGUUUUACAACAUUGGAGGGACAUGUACACAAUUUCAGGUCAUAAUAGACUGAAGGAGUUAAAGGCCUCACAUCAGAAUGCCACCAGACUGAAGAGAAAAACAUUUAAUCAGUGGAUCAUUUUUGUUUCCUGCCAUCGUGCAAAACGCACAUCAAAAGUCGUAGCUCAGAAUACCAGUCGUCUCUGGCUUAUGAGGGUGUACUGGACCAAAUGGUGUCAAGCGUUGUAUGAGAAAUGGAGUGAAGAGGUGCGUUUGGAGGCUGCGGGGUAUUUGGCUGUCAGGAUGUGUCAGCGUCGAGUCGUCAACUGCUGGAAAGCAUAUGUAAAGUUAUGUCACAAAAAAGCUGAAAGUAACCAGAAAGUACAAGAGCAUUAUCACCAUAACUUGCUGAGAGCCGCUUUCAGUGGUUUGUCUCGCAAUGUUAAGUUAACUAAAUCAAAGCAACUUAACAACAGUGUGGCUGUCCAACAUUACCAUCAAACUAUCUUAGGGACAUACUGGAGACUGUGGCAGGAGCGUCUGGAGCAAGCAGAAGACAAAGAUUUUCAGCAUCUCACUGAGAAGGCUCAAAUGUUUUACAGCAUCUCUUUGUCAAGAACUUGUUUCAACUUCUGGAAAGAGAAGUUGGCUGAGUUAAUACAUAUGCAGACUUUGGCAAAGCAAGCAGAUAUGUUGUUUGCUGACCACAUAGUUCCACGCUGUUUUCAGUCAUGGUUUAGCUUAACUCACCAGGAAAUGAUCCAAAAACAAAGAAUCAAAGCUGAGCAAUACAACAGACAGCGCCAGCACUCCUGGGUUUUUUACAGCUGGUGGGGAUUAUCAGAAAAACACAAAGAGCACAAGAUGGCAGAACAAACGGCAAUAUUUCAUGAGGAACGUGGUCGAAUGCAAAACGCCUGGAUUCUCUGGAGGAAACGAACAGAAAUGAGGAUCAAGGAGCAAAAUAAGAUGGACAUUUCAAAACAUCUAUACCAGCAAAGACUUUUGCAAAAGACAUUGACACAGUGGAAGGACAACUGCGCUGAGCUAAAAUACAGGAGAAACCAAGAGGUCCAAGCCUACCAUCAAGGUGACCUGUGCAUCCUGAGAUGGACUAUGGAAAAAUGGAAAAAGUUUGUCCAGAUUCAAAAGGCCAAGAAACAAAAAGCAGAGGAAAUGCUGGAGUACCAUGAAAACCAAAUUCUCAAACACUCAUUUACAGCAUGGAAGAAACACAACCUCCAGAUGCACUCUGUACAUGCUCAAUCAGAUGAACUUUAUAAGCAGCAAACACUCAAGUCCCUCAGGAGAGUGGUAGGAAUGUGGCAGGAAAAUGCAGCUGAAUCUGCCAAGUUUAGAAUUAAGAAACAAAUGGCUCGAAAUCACCACCGACAUGUGCUUCAACUUAAGGUGUUCAGUGCUUGGAAAGAAGCAACAGCACAUGCAGUGGCCAAGUAUCACCAACAGAUGGCAGUACUAAGCAAUGCUCAGGAAUCCAUAAAUAAAAGACAAUUGCUGCAUUUCUUCAAAAAAUGGCGCAUACAAACCAAAGAUGUUCAAACUAAGCGGCUCCACUUGCAAAGAGCCAAGUGGCACCAUGACAACACUGUCCUCACUAAGGCCUUUAGAGCUUGGGAAAAUCACCUCAACCAUUAUCAGAAAUAUAAGGUAAUGAAACGACAAGCCAGUUUGUUGCUGAGACUGAAGACAUGGCAGGCUUUUUUUGAUCUUUGGAAAAUUAAGCUGCAGCACACACGAAGGGAGGUGAGGCAGACUGAACAUGCGCUCUGGCACUGGUCCCUCUCCCUUCAAGCCAAGGUGUUGAAUGCAUGGAGGCUGCAUGUGACUGAACAACGCAGGGAGCGAGAGGAAGUGACCCAAGCCACUCAGUUUUACAGAGACAAGCUGCUCCAAGAGGGCGUGUCCUGUAUACUAACAUAUGCAGCCCAAAUGAAUGACCUGACUACCAGCCUGACACAGCACACACAAGAACAUCACACAAGAUGUGUACAGAGAAUCGUUCAGCGCUGUGCGCUGAAAUGGAAACAUAAAGCAUUGAGUAAAAAAGAGAAAGACCCAGAGGUUAAAGUUCAACAGGUCAAAAAGAGUGUUUCGUUCUUUCUGCCUGAAAUCAAAAGAGACUCACAGGAGGAAGAAGAUCAAGCACUUGUGAAGAUGCUGCUAACUCAUCAGCCACAGUGCUCCAAGGAACUUCUUAAAUCUCCACCAACACCUAUGCUACUGGAAAGUGCUUUUGCCAGUGUUGCACUAGUUCCACAGUCACAAAACUUUUGUUGUUUUGGUGCUACUACUGUCCCUGUGACCACCACUUGUCAGGGCCCAAAUCAAGAGACUGGAUUUACCUCUAUUUCUAUUGAAGAGCCAACACAAAACCAUGAGAUCCUUCUACCUCCUUCAGCAUUCAUGACAACUAUCACUCCUGAAGAUCCUCCUCUUGAACAAUCCAGUGAACUCUUGCUUCCUGUUUCAAAUGCUACAGAGAAUUCCAGAGGUGAUAUUGUCGUUGAUCCCAUGGCAGAUCUAACAAAUGAACUGUUUCUAAUUAAACAAGACAUGACCAGUUACCAACAGGACAAAAAGCAGCUACGGGCAUGGUGCAAGUUAAGAGAUGUGCUUCAAACAUGGCUCCAGACCAGUGGACAGGACAACCGCACUGAAAAAGAUUCUGUUUGUCAAGAAUUAGAAGAGCUGAAGAACAGAAUUGACCAGCUUAGCACAAAACUGUCCAAACAGAAGCCCACAAUACUGCAACAUGUUGGACAGAUUCAGCUUCUGCAGGUCACAUUUCAGGCCCCCUUCACUACCAAAUCGAAAUGAUUUGUUAUAGACUUUUAAUGGACUUUGACAAUGUUUCUACUUGUAAUAAUGUUUUUUAACAAUAAGAAGACAUAUCCCUUAAUUCUGUAGUGAUUCUGUUAUGUAAAUUGAGUAAAACUGCAAAUGUGGGCAGUCCUUGUGGCAGCUGCCUUUAAAUACUUUCCAUAUGUGUGUAAAAAGUUACUUACGCAAGAGUGUCUCAAUUUUCUUUGAGUGCCUUUUGUAGCCCCAAUCUGUGAAGUCUAUGUUGAAGAGUGCUGUGAGCUGCAGCAAUGCAAGGACUCUAUCCUGUUUUGCUUUUGAUAAUUUUUCUUUCACACAUCUGUGGUAAGUGUUGUUGAUUUUAAGUUAUUUGAUGUUGUAAUGGUUUGUUUUUUAUUUUUACACAUUUUGUAAUGCAGUACUAAACGAUAAAAACAUAAUGGAUUUGUUUGAGUAUGUUAUUGCAACAGCACUAAUGCAGUCUUGUUUAGUAUUCUACCAGAUAAUUAAAGUUGCUUUACAAUUUCA